ACACUGGUAUUACGAUGUAAACAUGAAAUAUGAGGACAUUUCAUGAGUCCUCGUAUUUAAAAUAGCUUUAAAAACAUACUAAACAAUGUUUUAUUAAAAAUGUAAAAAUGCAGACAGUUUUCUGUGAUGGGAAGGUUUAGUGUAGGGGAAUAGAAUAUAAAGUUUGUACAGUAGGCUAUAAAAAUCUAUGGAAAGUCCGGGCCAUAAACCAUGGAACAUGUAGUUAUUUGCAUGGAGUGAUGGUCGGUAUUUACUUCCGUCUAGUGUAGAAACGCGUAUCAGAUCAGGAUCAACUGGCUCUUAAAACCAUCCAGUCCAGGCUCCUCCCCUUAGGAACAUCCUUAAUUAGCGAAUUUCUGUUUCCAGUUCUGGCUCUUCUACACUCCAAGUGCUUUUUCUUACAUAGGAUGUCCUGACAUCGCCUGACCUUUAUUUUUAAACAAACUCACGCUGCGGUUUGAUAAAGCGACAUGGAUCAGAAAGAAUCAACGGCGCUGCAAAAACUGAGUUCAUUCAGUAUCAAAAGUCUACUGCUUCCAUCUAAAAGUGAGAAACACGACACGACACUUCCAGAGAAGAACAAACCGCUGUCGGGCACCGACCCGAAACGAUCUCCGGAGCCCACCGGGAUGGAGUCCGACUCAGAGAAAGUCAAAGAUGCAGAAGAACCCAACAAAACUGUGAAGCUCGACAAACCGCCGUUCAGCUACAACGCGCUGAUUAUGAUGGCAAUUAGACAAAGCCCGGAGAAGAGACUAACGCUUAACGGAAUCUACGAAUUCAUCAUGAAGAACUUUCCAUUUUACCGGGAGCACAAGCAAGGGUGGCAGAAUUCCAUUCGACACAAUUUGAGUCUCAAUAAAUGCUUUGUUAAAGUGCCGAGACAUUACGACGACCCGGGGAAAGGCAACUACUGGAUGUUGGACCCUUCGAGCGAUGAUGUUUUUAUCGGCGGUACGACGGGCAAACUCCGGAGACGCUCGGCGACUUCUAGAGGAAAGCUGGCUAUUAAGCGAGGACUUCGAUUUUCCCCUUUGGGCUUGGGAAUAAAUGAAACGGCGAAUAAUCCCCUAUACUGGCAAAUAUCGCCUCUAUUAUCUUUACACCAUCCACAUUACAACGGGACGUCGCACGGAUUUCUGAAUCAAGGUCAUGGUUACAGUUCUUUCGUCCCUGGAAUAGAGCAUUUGGGCAGCCGGGAUGCGACUCGACCCAUUCUAGGGAGUUCUAGCGGUUACGGAAUGAGUUCUUCUCCCGUCGGGUUAUUGUCCGUCCCGUCAGGAUACUUGCACCCACCGGGCCUUCAGCAAAACGCCUUCAGCUCUCAGCAGACAUUACUUACCGACACCCUAAGGACAUCUUUCUCAUCGUUCUCACCUGCUGUUUCCAGUGGCUUACCAGGAGUUUUGUCCCAUCAAGACAGAGUUUCCCCAGAUUCAUUUUAAACUGAUGAGGAAGUGAUUUCGCCGAAUGCGAUGAAAUCACAAUUAUGGAAGCUUGUUUCCGCCACUGAAUAAAAAAAGGUAAUUGCGACUCUUUAUUUGACAAUUAUGACUUUAUUUCUUGCAAUUGCGAGUUCAGCCAUUUCGCAAUUCGGACGCAGUUCCGAGUUGAAGCCUAUAUCUCAGAAUUCUGACUUACUUUUCGCCAUAUUGUGUGACAAACUCGGAAUUGCGAGAAAAAAAAAAAGUCGGAAUUGUGAGAUAAACCCAUUUUCCGUUUCGGAAAUAAGCUUCCAUAUAGACUAAAUGCUUCCAUAUACAAUUUUAUGAUCGAAAUUUCAUUUUUAUGUGCUUCGAAAGCGCAAGCUUUCUUACCUUUUGGUGGAAAAAUUGCCAAAGGUUAAUGCGAUUUAACUCCAGACUAUUUAUAUAACGUUCGAAGUAAAGCUAAUUUAUGUUUUAUUUCUUAAAUGUAUUUGAUGUCAUUGUAUUCAUCCAUGAUCCAUUAUUAUGCAGUCCUACUGACAUUAUAUAUGUUGCGGGUCUCGACAGUGAACUCAACUGGAGUCUGUGAGAGACACUCACUAAGACUUUCAUUCAUCUUCAUUUUCUCAGGUCUGAUACAGUCUGCAGACACACACUAUAAUGAAAUAUGGGAUGUAUGAUAAUGUGGAGCUCACAGCGGCAUGCAUGUCAAUCAGUGUUUAAUCGACAAACAGUCCCAUAGUGAUGUUAGCACGUCUUUGACCCGUACUUUAUUCUUCUUUUUCAAAUAAAUGAAACAUUUGUAGAUUAAGGAGAACCUCGGACCACUAGACUGCACUCACAGCUUGUUAAAAUAUUACAUUUUAAAUACAGGCCUAAACUUACACAAUUUAAACAUUAGUUGCAGGCUAGUCAAAUGAUUUUCGAGCUUACAAAAACAAAUCUAAUAUUAGGCAUACAAUGUAAUAAAUAGACGAAUACAUUAUAGGCUAAACAACACACAAUACAAUGUAUUAACGAAACACUCACGGAUAGGCUAUUAAUCCAGAGCUGAAUUACUAUGCAAACAUGUAAAGCACUUUCUGGUGUUCGUUGGUGGUCUGAGGCUCGCGAUAAUUUACGAAAGUUUUAAGCGCUGUUUGUUUUUUGUAAACGGGCCGCAAAUAUAAAGUAAGACUAAAGCUCACGUGUGGAAUCAGAAUCAAUCUGUUGUUGCUUUAAAAUGUUUGCACUUUUUAAAAAAGAGAUUCUUCAUUAUAGCACUGACAGAAC